AACACUCAAAACUCUCCUAUCUUUCCCAAAUGUCGACCAAUUCUCCGUUGACGCCAUUGUUGACCCUGAUAACUAGACCUUUUCUUCAAGGGUAUAUUCACAAAACACUGAAAAAGUCAUCACCUUUUACGAACAACACUCAUAAAUACCCACCAAAUAAUUAACCCACUUCUAUACCAAUGAUCACUUGUCUUCAACCACAUAAACAACAAGGGUUUUUAGUUGUCUAAUAAUAAUGUCGAAUCAAGAACAAGCAGGUGUUUUGGUGAGUCAACUGGUGGACUCAGUGAGGGAAUUUGCAGGGCUACCCGAGUGCAGAAACGCUGCAAGAGAUCUCUAUGGGAAUUUGGUGAGAAGAGUGAAGCUUUUGGGCCCAUUGUUUGAUGAAUUGAAAGAUAGUGAACAACAGGUUGUUGAUGAUGAUGAUCUUGAUGGGCUUAAGUGUUUGAAAUUUGCUUUGGAUUUGGGCCUCGAUCUUUUGAAAGCUGUUAAUUAUGGAAGUAAAACCUUUCAGGCACUGCAGAUUGAUAGAACUAUUAAAAAGUUUCAUCAAGUGACAACACAGAUUGAAGAGGCAUUGUGCAAGAUUCGUUAUGAUCGGUUUGAUGUACCUGAAGAAAUUCGAGAACAGGUACAACUUGUGCAUUCACAAUUCAAAAGAGCAAAAACACAAACAGAGUCUCCCAAUACACAGCUUCAAACGGAUCUAACAAUGGUGAAAAUGGGGAAAGACCCAGAUCCAGAAAUGGUUAAAAGACUUGCAGAAAAGCUGCAUCUUACCACCAUUGAUGAUCUGAGAAAGGAAUCACUUGCGAUUCAUGAGAUGGUUGUAUUGACGGGCGGUGGAGAGUUUGACAGUAGCUUUGACACGGUGUCGUUUGUUCUUAAGAAGAUUAAUGAUUUUGUGAUGCUGGGAAAUUUUGAAAUUGAAGAUUCUGAUCGUGAAAAGAGGUCUGCGAGGCAUCGAUCGCCGGUUAUUCCAGAUGAUUUUCGGUGCCCGAUAUCACUCGAAUUGAUGAAAGAUCCUGUGAUUGUGUCUACUGGGCAGACGUAUGAAAGGUCUUGCAUCCAAAAAUGGCUAGACGCGGGUCACAAAACCUGCCCGAAAACUCAACUGACUUUGCAACACACGUCAUUGACACCCAACUACGUUUUAAAGAGUCUGAUUGCUUUAUGGUGUGAUAGCAAUGGCAUCGAGCUUCCAAAAUCACAAGAAAACUCAAAAGCUAGAAGAAUCAGUUCAGAAUGUGACCAAACUUCGAUCACCGCAUUGCUCGAAAAGCUCACAAAUGGGAACUUGAACGAGAAACGCGCAGCUGCCGGUGAACUUAGACUACUAGCAAAAAGAAAUGCCGAUAACAGAAUCUGCAUAGCUGACAAUGGUGCCAUUCCCAUUUUAGUUGAAUUAUUAUCUUCUGGAGAUAGCAGAACUCAAGAACACGCGGUCACUGCGCUUUUGAACUUAUCGAUAAACGAAGCCAAUAAAGGGAUUAUUGUGAGUGUUGGUGCGAUACCGGAGAUAGUUGACGUGUUGAAAAAUGGAAGCGUGGAGGCUCGAGAAAAUGCAGCUGCAGCUCUUUUCAGUUUGUCGGUGGUGGACGAAUAUAAAGUCGCGAUCGGAGCCGCUGGUGCUAUACCGCCACUGAUUGAUUUGCUGCAACACGGGACACCGAGAGGGAAGAAAGAUGCGGCUACCGCCAUAUUUAACCUGUGUAUAUAUCAAGGAAACAAGGUGCGGGCUGUACGUGCAGGGAUCGUGGGCCCGUUGAUGAGAUUGGUUAAGGAUGCUAGUGGUGGAAUGAUGGAUGAGGCUUUGGCGAUUUUGGCGAUAAUUGCUGGCCACCAUGAAGGGAAGGUGGCGAUCGGUCAGGCUGACCCGGUCCCGGUUUUGGUUGAGGUGGUUCGAACUGGAUCACCACGGAACCGGGAGAACGGGGUGGCGAUUUUGUGGUGCUUGUGUGCGGGUGAUGUGGAGUGUUUGAUGAUUAUGAAGGCGGUUGGAGGAGAGGAUGUGUUGACGGAAUUGUGCGAACAUGGAACCGAUCGCGCCAAACGGAAGGCUGGAAGUUUACUGGAACUUAUUCAACGAGCCGAGUUUGGUGAACCGGUGGCUAACUAGCAUGAGAUCUGGGUCAUGGACAGAUGGACUCUUGGAAGCAUGUUACAUGUGUAUAUAUACAUACACAGAUAUAUGUAAAAGUAGAAUAUUACAAGUCCUUGAAUAUGUAUAUAAUUAUAUCUUGUUGUAUGUACAUGAAUGUGAUGUUUGUAACACUUAUGUAACGAUAACAAGGUUGGUCCAAUAAGGUUAGGCCCAAUCUCAAAAGACUUAAGUCAAGGUGGGCUAGACCCAACAUCUCUAUAGGGAGGGAGUUCUCCUCACUUAGGGUUGUUUGUUUACCUCUUAAUGAGGCUUUUAAUGGUUCAGACCUCUUACUGGUUCA